AUGGCGGCGGAAGACGGACACGCUUCUAUGGUGGGCAUCUUGGCUGAGGUGGGAGCCGACUUGAACGCCAGGGAGUGGGGCUACGGCAAGACUGCUCUGAUGCUGGCGGCGGAAGAAGGACAUGAUGAGUUCAUAAAGCAUCUACUGGGCAAUGAUGUCGAUGUAGGCAUUGCGGACAACUCGGGUCAAACCGCGCUGGCGUGGGCCACCGACGAGGGUCACGAAGAAAUCGCUCGCCUUCUCAUGGAUCACGAAGAGAAGCACGGCGUCACGCUGGCCCCACACGAUGACAAGGACCUCUUCUGGGCUGUGAAAGGAGGCCACACCGAUGCGCCGAGCGUGGACGGUAUCAACGCAAUGAGCCGCGCAGCAGAACAAGGCCAUUUGGAGGUGGUUGAGCAUUUAUUGUCACGCAAGAUCAACCCCAACGCAGACGACCAGGUACUCCUCCGUGCUUUGAGCCUUGAUCAGAGCCCCGAAAACUACUUGAUCAUCAAGACGCUCGUGGAGCAUGGUGCGGAUGUCUUCAUGGAUUGCCGGACCGACCAACGGCCUCUAGUUCUCGCAGCAGAAUCCGGCUACGACGACGUAGUAAAACUGUUCCUACAGGCCGACUACUCGUCCAGCAAGGUCAGGCAAGAACACAUCCGCAACGCUAUUUGCGAGGCAGCCGAUCAGAGUAUGGAGAACACGCUUGACAUGUUGAUGGAGCACUACAACGCUGCUAAGAAGUCGGACGAAGAGACACCGUGGGAGUGGGCUACGCAGAAUGACUUCAGGACCGCGCGUCGACUCUUGCGGCCAUACUUCUGUCCGGACGACAGCUCGACCGAUGAUUCGGAGGAUGACUGA